AUGGGUGGUAAUAUGGAUGGCAUCGGAAGCUCGCCGUUUGUGCAAGCUGAAAGUAGUGACCAAGGUGAGAGAAGAAGGUUCGGUGAGGAGAACAAUGCCUCAGGUCAGGGCUACAGCGAUCCAUGCAAGACUGGAAGUCUCUUUUCACAUUUCCGCGCGGCGGCCUCCGCCACUACGUUUAGUUGGUCUACGGGCAGCAACCUUCACGCCGCCACUCGGACAGAGGAACCUGCAGUCCGUUGUUCCCCCGGACAACCCUCUGCGCCGCGUCGGGCUAAUGCGGCCGCACGGUUCCUCCCUCGUCGGCGGGAUCAACAACAUCUUCUCCGGCGGCUCCACGGCUGGGACCUCGAGCGGGCGCGGCGUAGGGACUUCGAGCGGGAGCGGCGCAGGGACAGCGAACGGAGCGGAAGCGAGCCACUUCAGGCCGUGUGGCGAGUGGGACUGAGCCGUCGCCGGCAGUUAUCUCGGGCAAGCAGCAUCGUCACCACAGACCCUCCAUUGAAUAUUGGCGGCGGCUUCCGCAUCGACACCUCUUCAGCCUUCUUCCAGCACGGUAGGAGUAGCGGCAUGGGUGGUAAUAUGGAUGGCAUCGGAAGCUCGCCGUUUGUGCAAGCUGAAAGUAGUGACCAAGGUGAGAGAAGAAGGUUCGGUGAGGAGAACAAUGCCUCAGGUCAGGGCUACAGCGAUCCAUGCAAGACUGGAAGUCUCUUUUCACAUGUGCAUGCAUGCAAUGAAACUGUUUUACACAGCCUAAAAAAAAGAAGAGAGAGGGAAUUUGGUGCGGCUGGGAGUAAAUUUAGGAGGUGAAUAGUUAGACCAUUAAUUGAAACGGGCCUUAUUUCGUGAGUGUUUUGGAACAAAUAGUUUUUCACUAGGAGACUAGAAUACCGGAACGGAG